CUAGUUAGCAUUCAGUGGGUUGUACUACUGUGCACUUUGGUGUUUACCAUUCAGGUGACCAUUCAAGUCUUAAAAUCAAUGCAUUGACCCAUCUGUAUGCCAGUUUCUUACAGCCUCAUUUUCAUUUGCAUCAAAUAUGGUGUCUUAACUUUGAUUCUGAUGACUCUCCUCAUGGUUUAUCUGGGUUAACCUCUAACCUCUGUUCUUCAGGGUGAUGCCGAAUUUGCUCGUAUUAUGGGCAUUGUUGACCCCAACAACAGUGGAGCAGUGACCUUCCAGGCCUUCAUUGACUAUAUGUCAAGGGAAACAACCGACACAGACACUGCAGACCAAGUCAUCGCCUCGUUUAAGAUCCUAGCCGGAGACAAGAACUUUAUCACAGCUGAGGAGUUGAGGCGUGAGCUUCCUCCUGACCAGGCAGAGUACUGCAUUGCCCGAAUGGCACCAUACACGGGCCCCGAUGCAAAACCUGGUGCUCUUGACUACAUGUCCUUCUCCACCGCCCUGUAUGGGGAGAGCGACCUCUAAGGGCUAACUCCAGAACUCCAGAGCAAUUCUCUCUCCUGCAUCAGUGCUGAUCUUCUCACAGACUAGAUAGAUGAGAGCCGCAUCUGUCUUUCUCUCAACCAUCCAGUCCUUAAAGAGAUCAGUGCUCCUGAGGAAGAGGAAGAUAUUUAAGAGUGUUGGAAAUAGGACUUCAUAGCACACUUGCAGGGGAGGGGGAUAGAUGUUUGGGGGAAGGGGGUUAUCAUGGCAUUUUGGGAAGAGCAAAUAACUGUUGAUGAAGCUUGCCACGCAUUGAGGGAUAACCCUUUAAUUCUGUGUUAAACAUGUCAGUCUUGGAGAGCUUAAGGAAAGUUGUAGGAUGGAAGAGAAGAGAGAAGUUUAAUAUUGCAGAUUCAGUGUCAAGGGAAGAGGGUGUGUGGCUUUGGACUGUAGCCACAGCUCAUGUUCUUUAAUCUUCUUUUGAUUCCUCUUAAAAUGACACACAUACUAUGAAAGAGCUCAAUAUUUUUCCAGCUUUUUAGUGAAUCCUCACCAGCAGUUACCUGUAAAGACAGUUAGUAUUAAGCCAUUAGGCUCAUUAAAUUAGUACAAUAUUAAUGAUCAAUUAAAUCUACUAGGUUGUUAUGGGAUGGAACUAAAGAGCACUUAAAGAAUCCACUUUGGCUGCAGUCUAUGCCUAGACACUUAACCUGCACCCUCUACCCCGGCGGGCAGGGCACAAGCUUUUCCAGUUAACAUGCUAUUUUCUUUACUUUUUUUCAUUGUUUUCUUGCUAGAGUUGGUGGGGUGGGAGGUUUGGUUUGGCAUUGGAAUAUGUUAUUUGGCAUAUAGCAAGGCUGUAUAUCAUAGGAAAAGGGAAAGAACGACUCAAGUGAUUUGAUAGGGAAGUUGUGACAUGCCCUCUUAACCCAUUUUGCUGGAUCGGUGGAACUCUUUGAAAAUCUAACCUCAGCUUUUUCCUCCCUUUUUAUUUCGGUCCUCUCCAGCAAUUUUGAGUUAGCAGGAUUCUACGCUGUACAUACUUAUUUUCCAGUACACAGAACUGUCUGACUACCUAUAGUGGUCACACUGGGCUUCAGGUCAUAAGCAAAGAUUAUAAAAUGAGCAGUUUCACCCCUGCGGAGUACUGUAGGCAGGUUUAGGUAGCUACAGGUCUGUUUUCUGAGGGGUUGAAAAAAUGAAGCUACAAAAAUACCUAGUCCAUUUAUUGUUUUCCUUCCCCAAUCAUCCAUACAGCGUUCUCUUAUUGACUCCCUGACUCAAGUAGACAUGUCCCUUAAGGAUUUAUUAACUGUAAUUAAUGUCCAUCUGCCAUCCAUCUCUAAUUGUUUCUCAGAUAUUACUGAAUGUCAGUGUGAGAGCUUCAGUGCUGAUGUGAGCAGCAUAGCCUUGUAGUGACCCUCCACUAGAGCCUAUGACAACACAGCUGCUGAAUCAACAGUUGAGAAGAGAAUUUUAUAUAGUAAGAAAUAAGUACAAAUGUGCCUGGUAGUUGCAGGUUGCUCUCUCUCCCAUUCAUUUUGUCCUUUCCUUUUGUUAUACACUCGUUUUUUUCUUUCUGUAGGGUGGGGCAGGGACCCAAUGUACAGCUCUGGAGGUUGAGGGGAAGGAGUGGAAGAGCUGUAGUCUUAAUGAACAUUCCAUUAUGUCUUAAUUAACAUUAAAUUACUGUUUAACAAAUCUAUGCAAUGGUGUGUCCAAUACCAAUAUGCUCCGUAGUGAACGGCGGGGGUGAUUUGCAAUUGGAAGUGUUGAAUUCAAGUGAGAAGAAAUUAAGGGUAGAGGGAGGGAAAAGAGUUGGGCUUCAGAAGAUUCGAAGACUUGGACCAAAAGCCUGCUCUUACAUCUGCAAAGUAGAAUAAAAGCAUUUGGAAUUCUGAUUUAUUUUUUUUAUUUUUAUUUUGUACUCUUUAAUAUCAAACAUUAUCUGCUGUACUGGAAAUUUGCAAGAACUGCUUUCUGUCUCGAGAUGAAAAGUGAAUUUCACAUGCACACAUAAAGUUUCCUUAUAAAAUAUUACCACUUUGAA